CAACAAAUAUUGUUUCCACAUGUAAAAGCUUAUUUUAAACAACGACCGAGGCUAGUGUACAGAAUAUCAAACAAAAUGAAUGCAAAUUUAGUAAAUACAUGUGUUCUAAACGCAUCUCGGAGAUAUAUUGGAUUGUCAUCACAAUUAUUGAAGAAACCGGCACGAAUACCACUGUGGAAUAUAAACCUUCAGGAUAAUACUAUAAAAAAAUUUACAACCACUACAAUGAGUAGCCAACUUCUAAGUGGAAAUGUAUGGGACAUUGACCCUGAACUUUUUGAAAUAAUUAAAAAAGAAAAGCAUCGCCAACAAUCUGGUCUUGAGAUGAUUGCUUCAGAGAACUUUACAUCGGUUGCAGUACUACAAUGUCUAAGUUCUUGUCUUCAUAACAAAUAUUCUGAGGGCAUGCCAAAUCAGAGAUAUUAUGGUGGUAACGAAUAUAUAGAUGAAAUAGAAAUAUUGGCACAGAAACGCUGCUUGGAAGCCUACAAACUCAACCCAGAAGAAUGGGGUGUCAACGUUCAACCUUAUUCAGGAUCCCCAGCAAACUUUGCUGUCUAUACUGGUAUUGUGGAGCCACAUGGUAGAAUUAUGGGUUUAGAUUUGCCUGAUGGUGGUCAUCUAACUCACGGCUUCUUCACUCCAACUAAGAAAAUAUCAGCUACAUCAAUUUUCUUUGAAAGCAUGCCAUACAAGGUAGAUCCUGUAACUGGCCUUAUAGAUUAUGAUAAGCUCGCUGCAACCGCAAAACUAUUUAAACCACGACUAAUAAUAGCUGGAAUCAGCUGCUACUCCCGCUGUCUCGACUACAAACGGUUCAGAGAAAUCGCCGACGAAAAUGGAGCUUAUUUACAUUCUGAUAUGGCACAUGUAUCAGGACUAGUCGCUGCUGGCAUUAUCCCUAGUCCUUUUGAAUAUAGCGAUGUAGUUUCUACUACUACACACAAGACGUUAAGAGGUCCACGAGCCGGCGUCAUAUUCUAUCGCAAGGGUGUUCGUUCAGUCAAGGCCAAUGGAACUAAAGUGAUGUAUGAUCUAGAAAGCAAAAUCAACCAAGCUGUAUUCCCUGGUUUACAAGGCGGUCCCCACAACCAUGCAAUAGCAGCAAUAGCAACUACUAUGAAGCAAGCCACCACGCCUGAGUUUGUUGAAUACCAAAAACAGGUCAUUAAGAAUGCGCAGAGAUUAUGCGAUGGACUCAAGUCCCGUGGAUACCACAUCGCCACGGGAGGCACCGAUGUUCAUCUUGUCUUAGUAGACGUUCGUAGCGCCAGCCUCACUGGAGCAACUGCCGAACGUAUUCUAGAACUGUGUAGCAUUGCGUGUAAUAAGAACACAGUACCUGGAGAUAAGAGUGCAUUGAACCCCAGUGGUAUUAGAUUAGGUACUCCUGCUUUAACUACAAGAGGAUUGAAAGAAGCCGACAUUGAUAAUGUGGUUAAUUACAUUGACAAGUCACUACAAAUUGCCCAAGCUGCUAUAAAGAUAUCAGGGCCUAAAUUAGCAGACUUCAACAAAGUUGUGGUAGAAAAUUCGGAUAUUAAAAAUAGAAUCAUUGCUUUGAGGACAGAAAUUGAAAAAUACAGUCAAUCAUUUCCUCUACCUGGCUUAGAAACAUUAUAAGCGUAUUUACAAUGAUGUUUACAAAAACUUUUAUAUUCCUAUAUUACUUUUAACUUUAGUUUUAAAUCUCCACUUUAUUUAAUAAGUUUUACUAUAUAGAUUAAAUAAGAGAUGUUAAUUUU